AUGCAAGAACAGGCACUACGGCUGGGUGUUGAGCUAGCUAUGGUGGUCAUCAUUCUCACCGCGCGAACAGAAGCAGAAGUCGGCACUGCCGACUUUUUGGAUGACUAA